AUGGCUUCUUCCAAUGCUCUCCCCCAGACCCUCCGCUCCAUUACCACCACCAAGAUCAACGAGCUUUCUAAGCAGCGCGCAUUGUUUGAGAAACGCCGAGACGAGAUUAUCCAGGCAGCUUCCGCGACUUCUGACCUGCGAGCCAAAGCCCGAGUCCUCUUGGAGGGUGUCACCAAGCUCAAGGGCCACCCAAACGACGCCUUUGACGAAGAGGACCUCGAUGUUGACCAUGUCGAUUCACAAACUUCGAAAGUGCAAGACGGAACAGUGCGUGGAGUUCAUGUCAACAUUCGCCGUUUCCUUCUGCAGGGCAAAUACGAUCCGUCUAUCUCCGAGUCUAGCCUGAGUGAGUGGAUUGGGAGACUUGAGGGAGAGAUCAAGUACAUGGAGCGGGCACAUGACCAUGCCUUGUUCUAUAGUGGCUUGGUGACAGAGUGGCUAGGUGAUCUUGAGGCCUCUGCGUCGGUUUCUACUUCACCGGAAACUGUCGAUGAUUUAGAGAAUGUGGGCCGUUCUGAGAUGCACGAGCAAAGACAGACCUGGGAGAGCAUCGCGUUUAGUGACUCGACUGUCCAGGCUGACAAAAUCCACGCGUACCUGGACAAGCUCUUCACCAAGUCACCUCUCUCGCAGCAAGCGCUAAAAGAGUUGCGCGAAAGCAUCAAGUCUUUUGCCGACAGUCUCUCGGCAAAAACGACCUGGCUUACCGUGCCCGACCUUGGGUGGGUGUCUGAGUCGCUCUUGAAGACUGACCUUCUGACAAAGGAAAAGAGUAUCACCCUCAAGGAGCUGAUGCGGAAUCAGUCUGUGACCCAAGAAGUGGCUGAUGUGUUGAAUAUGCGCCUGGCUUCGAUGGAAAGCUGGACAUGGCCUGAGGAAGGUGUUCCUGUUGAGAUGCGGCGUCAACUGAAUGGCAAAUAUCGGGUUUUCAUGGAUGAGGAUCUGCUGGACAGCCUCAUGUUCCAAUACCUCGGUCUCAAAUGGUCUGUGACCUUUAGGUCCGCCUUUGUAUCGUUUCUUGGCUCGCGCGGUUGGAAGACAAUGCGCGAUCACAUCCCUGAGCAGGAUAGGUUGCGGCGAAGUUACUUCCUCGGUGACCACCGACGGGGAGGACGGUCUGUCAACGAAGAGCGACAAACGGUCUACAAAGAGGACUAUUUCAUGACUCAGCUUCUUUCUUCUGUCCAUGCCGAUGGGGCCAGCUAUGAUGAAGGUGGCGGCGACAACCAGGAUCGCCCCAUGAAUGCUCUGGAAACAAAGCACUCGCUCCUUCACCUCCUGAUCACGGAAUCCAUUCUACACACCACUCUACAUGGACAAUUCACCGCCGUCCGGUCUGACUUCAAAUGGUUCGGCCCGUCUCUCCCGCAUACCACGAUGCUUACUGUUCUCUCCUACUUCGGCGUUCCCCAAAUUUGGCUCGACUUUUUCAGAGUCUUCCUGAGAGCACCACUGAAGUUUGUUCAAGAUGGUCCCGAUGCCACGAGUAACGUUCGCACCAGAGGGAUUCCCAUGAGCCAUGCGCUCUCGACUCUCAUGGGCGAGGCCGUGCUCUUUUGCAUGGACUAUGCCGUGAACCAGAGCACAGAUGGGGCAUAUCUCUAUCGUUUGCAUGAUGACUUCUGGUUCUGGGGCCAAGAGAAGACGUGUGUGAAAGCUUGGGCAGCCAUGACCGAAUUUGCAAACGUGAUGGGCCUCGAGUUUAACGAAGAAAAGACGGGAACUGUUCGCUGGGAAGGAACGAGCGACAAACUCUCUCACAUCCGAUCGGCCGGCCCAGUGGAGCGUGGAGACGAUGCUCUGCUUCCAUCUGGUGAUAUACGUUGGGGAUUCCUGAAGCUCGACUCUCAGGAGCGCCGGUUUAUCAUCGACCAGGACAUGGUCACGACGCACAUCUCCGAGCUUCAGCGCCAGCUUGCCGCCUGCAAGAGUGUCUUUUCAUGGAUCCAAGCCUGGAACAGCUACUUUGGCCGAUUCUUUGUGAACAAUUUUGCCAAACCGGCCGUGUGUUUCGGGAGAGAGCAUAUCGACAUGGCAAUCUCCACACUCAGCCACAUCGAGCGUACACUUUUCCCUGAGAGCAAUGGCAGCGGAGUUACUGACCACCUGCGCAAAAUGAUCGCCAAGCGCUUCGACACCCACGACCUCCCGGAAGGACUGUUCUAUUUCCCCAUCGAACUCGGUGGCUUGAGUCUCGUUAACCCGUACAUCCCCCUGAUUGGCAUGCGUGAGGACAUCAAGCAAACACCUCAUCGUCGCAUUCAAAAGGCGUUCCUCGACGAAGAAGCGAUCUACCUGUCUAAGAAGGAAUGGGUUGAAGCCAACGGACCUCGGAACCCGCGCGCCUUUAUGGUUGGAGGGAAAGAGGUUGGCGACUUCCCGGCGGACAAAUUUCUGUCUCUGGAAGAAUACAUGCGAUACGCGGAGUCAUUCAGUGGGCCGCUCCAGGAUGCCUAUGAGGACUUGAUACGUGUGCCGAAACAAGUCAGCGUGAACCUCUCUCCUGCCCUGCGAAGCAGCCAGAUGAUGAGUGAGAUUGGAAGCUCAGGGAGGACCAUUUGCAGCACGUCGACAGAGAUGUCUCCGUACUGGAGAUGGACGGCGGAACUGUAUCAGGAGGGGAUGGUGAAGAAGUACGGUAGCCUGGCAGCCGUGAACCGGGAGUUUGUGCCUGUUGGUGUGGUUGAGACGCUGAAGGAGGGAAAGUUUCGCUGGCAGGGUUGA